AUGCUCAGAUCAUUUAAUUCAAAUGGUUUAAAGGUAUACUCGCUAUCUUCUGGAAAGUCGAUACCUCAAUUUGCCCUAGAAGCACUUAGGAACAGAAGAAAAUUAAAACACGACUCUGAAUAUGAACAUCGGAUUGAACUGAUUCACGAUUUGGAAUUUCCACAGUGCUGUGGAACAGUGGAUGUUUCUCCAGACUCAAGAUAUGUUAUCGCAACAGGAGCCUAUCCACCUCAGAUAGGGAUUUACGACACACUGGAGCUUUGCCUGAAGCACCGAAGAGGGAUUGACAAUGAAGUAGUAAGAACGUGCUUUCUGGAAUCAGAUUACACGAAACUGGCAUUUCUGUGCAGAAAUAGAUUCAUCGAGUUCCACAACAGAGGAGGAAGACAUCACACGAUUCGGAUUCCCAAGGAGGGAAGAGACAUGAAGUACAUAUCAGACAACGCAUCAAUAGUGACAGCGACGGCAUCAAAUGAGCUGUUCAGAGUUAACCUGGAAAAGGGAGUGUUUGAGGAGCCACUGGUAUCAGGGUGCUCAGAGUUAAAUUGCAUAGCAGAGAAUCCAAUACUGCCACUGAUCUCAGCAGGAGGACAAGGAUCUAUGGUAGAGAGUUGGGAUUUGAGAACAAACGAAUCAGUGUCGAAGCUGAAGUGCACAGAAAACGAGGAAGAGAGUGUCACAACUUGCGUGUACUCAGCAAAUGGACUUAAGGUGGCAGUGGGAACUGAGUACGGAUCAGUAAAGCUGUACGACAUAAGGAAUUCAAAGCCACUAUGGGAGUAUGCCUCAGUAAGCAGGGCUGAAAUAAACUGUAUACAAUGGGUUAACUCAGUGAAUCACUACAUCACAGAAAUUGGAGAAAAUUCACUGAUAGCAUGGUCAGAUUACUCAAGUGUAAGAGUGCACACAAUAGAUAAAGGGAGCUUUGUCGCAUCGAUAGAAGGACUAGCGCCAAAUGAAAAAAACACAUUUGCGAACAUAAACGGAUUCUGUUUUUACCCAGAUAGUGGAGUGUGUUUCGUAGUGGGAGAUCAAACGAGAGUUGGAACGUACUUUAUACCGCACAUAGGACCGGCACCAGUUUGGUGUUCGUUUUUGGAGAACAUAACUGAGGAGAUGGAAGUGCCGAACGCAACGAACACGGGAGUGGCACCGAAGAAGCAAGUGUAUGACGAAUACGUGUUUGUAACGGAGGAGCAACUGGAGGAGCUGUCAGCAUCAGAGCUGAUUGGAACGAACAUGGUUAAAGACUAUAUGCACGGGUUCUUCAUAAGCAGUAAGCUGCACAAGAAGUUGAAGGCUCUGUCGUCCGAUUUAAGCUACGAGGAGUACAAGAAAAAGAAGAUACAGGAAAGAAUAGAGGCGAAGCGCCAGAUGAGAGUGCCAAUAAGGCAGAAGCCAGUGAAGGUGAACGUCGAAUUGGCAGAGAAGUUGCAGGCAGCAUCGGCAGUGGAAGGAAAGAGCCUGUCGAAGAAGCAGAAGGAGGCGGCACUGAUAGCGAGGGCGGCGCUGGAAGACGAAAGGUUCUCGAAAAUAUUCACGGACGAGAACUUCGCAAUAGAGCACCUGGACGCAACCAGAAACUGA